AUGUCUUCAUGUCAACAACAAGAGAAUGUCAUGGAACAAGAUAUUUUCAUUUACAUUCGAGCGAAAGAAUUAAUUGAAUUGAUAAAAUCGUUGCAUGCCGGAUUUUCGAGAGGAAUCAUUCCCAGUCAUGAUCAGAAUUUCGAAAAUGAUGAUCGAAUGAUGCGAGGCUUGUACAUUUAUGGAUCAAGUGUUUAUGAAAAUCGAAUUUCUCUUUUGAGUGAUCAUCAAGAAAAUUCCAAUGAACAAGAAAAUUCGCCAAUGGAACGAAAAUUUCAACAAGUUUUACGAUUCCAAAUGAAUCCUCAAAAACACAACGAUAUUGAUCUAUUGUGUGUUCGAGAUGAAUUCUAUCAUUAUGGAAUGGAAGAUUUAAUUCAUCCAAGUUAUCGUGAAAUGCAAGAAAGAUGUAGUGAAAAUCGAGAUGUUUAUAUGGAACAAGAUGUGACUUUACAUUUUACAGUGAAUGGAUUUUACGGAGAGACUCAAGUGUGGUCGUCAUUUGUUGUUGAUGAUUCUGAUCAUGAGAACAAUAGCAAGUCAAAAUUGAAAGAAAUUCCACACAAAGUUCAAGUAGAAAUUCACAUCAUGUCCACGAAUUUGUUUGUACAAUGUCUGAGACAACAUAAGGGAAUAUUUUGUCAAUACUUGUUUCUCGAUCAUGACACGUAUAUUCUAAAAGAAGAACAGACGAUGAAAUGGUUUCGAACCUUUUGGUUUCGAAAUUUUCACUUUCAUCGAAGACUCAUGAGAAGAAUGAUGACACGAGAGGCUGAUAUUUGGUGUUAUUCAAAAGCAAGAAGACAUUUUACAGAAUUGCCAAGUGUGGAUGCCUCUGCUUCUGAGCUUGUCAUUGACUAUGAUAUUGAAAAAGGAAAAAAGAAUUUGAUUCAUGGUAUUAGAUAUUAUUUAUUUGCGAAACAAAUGAUUUCUUCAUUAACUCUCUACGACUGGAGUGUGUGUAAUGAUUUGAAGAAGAGAGUCUUUUGCUCAUCUCAAUCAACAAACCUUUCCAAUCAAAGUGAUAACACUUUUAAUGAUUCUUCAUGGAAGGAUUGGUCUCGUUUCUUUGAUCCUCUCUACAAAGAACAUCGAGAGACCUUAACUCAACAAGUUCAGAGUUUCGUUGAUGAAGCAUUGCAAUUGGCUUUACGAAUGGAAAAUUCUCAAGAAAGUUCCUUAUCGAAAAAUUCAUUGCAAGAACAACAUGAUUUACUUUCCAAACCAGUAACAGCAACACCCACAACAUCAACACAUGGUUCCUUACUGUUGAAAAUCAUUGAAUACUAUGGACUUCAAUACUUGUCUCUCAAUUUUGGAAUGGAUAUCAUUCCCAUUCUCUUUUUAAGGAAUGGACAAGAGUUAAGUCUUGAUGAGGGUUUGACCUGUCGUCCUCUCAUUCAACAAUUACUUGAAGGUUUAACACCAUCUGCAGUAUCUGGAACAGCAUCAACCAUGGAUUCAACAUGUCAUCAUAAUAAUUCUUUGAAAAACUAUCUCCAUAGAAUCAAUACCUUGUUAUUAAGUCAUGAGAAGGAGAUGAUGAACACACAAUCUUCUUCCAAGGAGGACAAUAUGGAAAAUAAUUUCAGUGUCCUAUUCAAAAUUACUCAAAAUAAGGAAUUGGAACGAAUGGAAGAUAGUAUUCAUCGAAAAGCAUUGAGAGAAGCAAAUGGAAUGAUUGUCGAGUGGAAUAGUGAAAAGCGUGGAUUUUCAAUUGUGGCAUUUCCAUUUUUGAAAUUUUUCGAUGAAUUUCGAAUGUUAAAUGUCAACACCAAAAACAAGCACUUGUCAACCACUUGUUCAUCAGUCAAUCCUAAGAAACAAACGACAAAAAAGAAGAACCAUUGCACAAAAGAUCUUUUUUCCAACAUUUCACACCUCCGAAAAGUUUACAAAAAACUCACAGGCAAAUUAUUCAUCUUGUACGUUUACAAUCACAAGUGGAGAAUAUCAUACAAGGAAGAGGAUGAAGAGCACUACUUUGAUAUUAUUGCAUCGCAUUCACAUCAUCAGCACUGUGCAAAUUCCAAUAGUUGGGGACACAAAUUUUGGAAAAUUUUACAUGCCAGCAAAAAAACCAUGUCAAGUCUCUUCGAGUCGACGACAACGACGACGAAUGUCAAUUCUCUCAAUCUUACGAAAAGAAAUUUCAUGUUGCAAUUAUUGUCCCAUGAAGAGAGGUUGGUUCUCAUUGGAGUUCGAAAUAUGGAAACACUCGAAGAAGAGGAUCUCGAGGCGUAUGAGCAUGUUUUUGAGCACAUACAUCGAGAGGAAAAUAUUACUGAGCUAUACCAUGAAGCGAAACAACUCGAACAAGAUUUACUUUAUAAGAAUUCUAUUCAUGGAAAUUUGUCUGAAAACGAUCAAAAGUUACUCCUUCUUCUGAAAUUGCUAUAUUACAAAUCGAAUCAGUUGAAUCCUCUUCGAUACAGUGGUUAUGUUUGUGUGGCCGAAAAGAUUACACAACACAAUCAAACACAUUUCAUUGAAAGACAUCGAUUGAAGAUUGAGUCGACAUUUUAUUACAAUCUUAAUGAACUUGGGAUUUGGAACGUUUCUGUUAAUGUUCAAGAUAAUGCAAUAUUAGAUCCACCAAACAAAGAAAUUUCACAUCAAGAAGGAGAAUGUCAGAUGUCAAUGCCCAACCAUUCGACUACAAAAUUGUUCAAUCGAUGGAACGGCAAUUUGCUGAGUCAGAAUAAUGAAUUGUUAUUGAUUGAAAUGGCUAUUUCAAUGCUUGGAAAGACAACGUCAACCUCAAAUGAAUCAUCAUCGAACCAUGAUCACACUCAUCAAUCAACAAUAAUAACCACAGCACAUUCUGUCUCAUCUGAAAGCGAGAAGAAUCAAGUUCCCAAAACAACCAUUGAGGAAAUUAUUUUCCAGAGAGAAAUACGUUUCAAUGAAAAGAUUAAGGCCUUCUCUCCUCUCUAUUUUCAAAUGAAACGAGAUUGGGAGGCCAUUACCAACCUUUAUGAUCAAUUUUAUGAAGAACUUUGUCAAGAACUAGAAAAGGUGGAGAGAGAAAUAGGUAAUGAGAAUUCUCAAAACAAAUUCGUAGCACAGUUCUGUGAAGAAAAAUUCUCUCUCGAAAACAAGACGCCCAUUUUCAAGAUGGUGGAACAACAAUGCAGUCAUUCGAGAGAGAUUUUUCAAUCUCCUCGUCGUGUCAUGGAUGCCAAUAGUUUGGUGAAAAUUUGGAAGAAUUACUUGUCGCAAUGUUGA